AUGAGCAAUACUUCUACCAAUAUUAUCCAGCCCAAAUUCAAAGAUCACGUACAAAGAACUUCAUAUAAAGCAUCUGAAAAACUUGUCAUUAUUAAUGAAGCUAAAAAGUUUGGCAUUUUGGCUGUGGCAUAUUGGUUAGUCUAUUCAGUUGCUGAGGAAGAACUUCUUAAAUGGAUCAAUAAGCUUCAUCUUAUUGAGAUUGUCAUGAUGGCAGAUGCUAUUAAAUUACAAAUG